GUAAAAGCCAUCCCCACAAUUAAAAUGUCAAUCCCUACUAAUAAUCAUUCAAAAUUUUACAUGAAAAUCAUUUAAAUUAUAUUCUUUUCCAAAAAUUUAAUCACCAUUUUUGAAUUUAUUAUUUUUUAUAAUAAUAAAAUAAAAAAUCCAAACAUCCCACAAAUCAAAAGUCAAUUAUUUUCAACUACUUAACAAUAAAAUAAUUGUUAGUUUAAUAAUAAAAAAAUAAAUAAAUAAUAUUAAAUGUAAAGUGAGAGAGAGAGAGAGAGCCCAAUCGAAGUGGUAGCGGUGGUGGUGGUUCUCUGCUCUUCUCAGACGAACCCCAAUCCAAAAUCCCAAUCCCGAUCGGAGACGGUGGCACCCUCUAAUUUCUUCAUUGGACCUUUAGUUUCUGAAUUGAGAGUCGAGACGAGUUCCCAAGAGAAAUGGAACCCAUCAAUUCGGAUGUGGAUGAAUUUAAGAGUUGUGUAGAUGAAAUAUACACAGAGGUUGAUAAGCUUGAGAAAACUGUGAAAGAGGUUGAACAGUUCUAUUCAACUCCAGCUACUACUGCUGCUAAUAAAGGAAGUAGCUCAAUUUUGAAGGAAAAGGAUAGAGACAAACUCUUGUUGAAUACUCCUCUUCAUGAUUCAUCUCAAAAGGAACAAAUUGCUUCUAAGAGAAUGCAAGAGCUUAUGCGUCACUUUGCUUCAAUUUUCCGUCAGAUUACUCAGCACAAAUGGGCAUGGCCCUUUUUGGAACCUGUAGAUGUUGAAGGUCUGAAUUUACUUGAUUACUAUGAGGUUAUUGAGAAGCCUAUGGACUUUGGUACAAUUAAAACUAAAAUGGAGGCUAAGGAUGGUAAUGGAUAUAAGAAUGUCCGAGAGAUAUAUGCGGAUGUGAGGUUGGUUUUUAAGAAUGCAAUGAAAUACAAUGAUGAAAAAGAUGAUGUUCAUGUGAUGGCUAAAACUUUGUUGGAGAAAUUCGAAGAGAAAUGGUUGCAGCUUUUGCCUAAAGUUGCCGAAGAGGAAAAGAAACGAGAAGAAGAGGAAGCCAAGGCACUAUUGGAAAUGAGGAUUACUCGGGAGGUUAAGUAUGCGAACAUGGCUAAGGAUACAAGUACUAAGCUUUACGAGAUAGACAUCCAACUGAGGGAGCUGAAAGAAAGGGUAGUGCAGAAGUGCAGGAGAAUGUCCACUGAGGAGAAACGAAAACUCGGAUCUGCUCUUACGCGUUUGUCUCCCGAGGAUAUCAGCAAGGCACUGGAGAUAGUAGCUGAGAACAACCCAAGCUUCCAAGCAACUGCCCAAGAAGUAGAUCUUGACAUUGAUGCCCAGGUAUAUAAUAGGUCUUUGAAAUUAUGUUGCAGAGGCAUCAUUCAUCUUAAUAAAGUAUUACUAUUUCAUAACAGCUCUUCCAUUUCGUUCUAUUUGCAGAGUGAAUACACGUUAUGGAGGUUAAAAGUGUUUGUGAAGGAAGCACUCAAAGUUCAGGGAAAUAAUGCUAGUAACAACAAUGUCACGAAUAAUAAUAAGGACGACAACAAAAAGAAUAACUCGAAACGAAGAAGAGAGAUAUGUGAUGCGCUUGCAAAGUCUACUGUUAAAAGGACCAAAAAGCUUUCUAAUUUGUGAUAUAAAAUUUAUAACAACAGCUACACCCCCACAAAUAUUAUCAUUGUGUAUUGUUCAACCUGGUUGCUGUUGGAAUUGCACAUUUGUAACCUUGUUGAGUUACUAACCUUUUCUAAGAGAAAUGUAAGUAAUAGUAUGUGCAGGCAUUGAAAUUUUUCAUUCUCUUGUUAAUUUUGCACCUGAACUCAAUUCUCUUGUAAAUCCAACCCAAGUGCAUAGCUAAGUAUUUAACUAUCCAUUUUUACUAAUGUCAUUUGGAAUGGUAAUGUAAGGGUGUCUUAUCUCCUUCAGUUAGGUUCAUUUUCAAGACUAAA